AUGGAAAACACAUCCACAGUGACAGCAAUUAUAUUGACUGCCUUUUAUGAAAUGGAGAAGCUGAAAUAUCUGUAUUUUGUUCUUUUCUUUUUAUUGUACAUCAUCAUUGUUGUCUUCAACUUUGUUAUUAUUGGGAUAAUUUGCACUGAUAGGGCUCUACAUGAGCCAAUGUAUAUCUUUGUGUGCAACUUGGCAUUUAAUGCAUUGUAUGGUAGUACAGCCUUAUUACCCCCACUUCUGAGUAAUUUACUGUCACCCUCUCAUGAGGUUUCUCUUCCCUGUUGUCAGGCACAGGUCUUUUGCUUACACACAUAUGCAAUUAGUGAAUUUACCAUUUUAGCAGUAAUGGGCUAUGACAGAUAUGUUGCCAUUUGUCACCCAUUACAGUAUCACAGCAUGAUGUCUGUUUCAAAAGUUUAUAAGCUUACUGUUUUUUCCUGGGUUUAUCCCUUUAUUGCAUUUAUGAUAGUUUUUGCUCUAACUUUACAACUAAUAUUAUGUGAAAAAAUAAUUGACAAAGUGUAUUGCAUCAACUAUUCACUUGUGAAGCUCUCCUGUACAGAUACAGCCAUUGUAAACAUUGUUGGACUAAUUUCACUUGUUGUGUAUACUGUACCUCAGCUUGUAAUGAUACUUUACUCAUACUCACAGAUUCUCAGAAUCUGCUUACUGUCUUCCAAAGAAGCACAGAUGAAAGCACUGAAAACAUGUGCUCCCCAUUUAAUAGCCAUGUUCAACUAUUCUAUCGGAUGCUUUUUUGAAAUAUGUCAGAAUAGAUUCAAUAUGGAUUAUGUACCUUAUGGAACUCGCAUAUUCAUGUCCCUGUACUUUUUAAUAUUUCCUCCCAUGAUUAACCCUGCCAUCUAUGGAAUGAGCAUUCAAGCCAUUAGAGUUCGGAUUUUCAAAUUACUCCAUCGUGAAAAUAAGCUAAUACCAACUCUAUAG